AUGUUCACCUUCACCUUCACCUUCACCUUCACCUUCACCUUCACCUUCACCUUCACCUUCACCUUCACCUUCACCUUCACCUUCACCUUCAUAUUCACCUUCACAUUCACCUUCACCUUCACCUUCACCUUCACCUUCACCUUCACAUUCACCUUCACAUUCACCUUCACCUUCACAUUCACCUUCAUAUUCACCUUCACCUUCACCUUCACCUUCACCUUCACCUUCACCUUCACCUUCACCUUCACCUUCACCUUCACCUUCACCUUCACCUUCACCUUCACCUUCACCUUCACCUUCACCUUCACCUUCACCUUCACCUUCACCUUCACCUUCACCUUCACCUUCACCUUCACCUUCACCUUCACCUUCACCUUCACCUUCACCUUCACCUUCACCUUCACCUUCACCUUCACCUUCACCUUCACCUUCACCUUCACCUUCACCUUCACAUUCACAUUCACAUUCACAUUCACAUUCACAUUCACAUUCACAUUCACAUUCACAUUCACAUUCACAUUCACAUUCACAUUCACCUACACCUUCACCUUCUCCUUCUCCUUCACCUUCACCUUCACCUUCACCUUCACCUUCACCUUCACCUUCACCUUCACCUUCACCUUCACCUUCACCUUCACCUUCACCUUCACCUUCACCUUCACCUUCACCUUCACCUUCACCUUCAUCUUCACCUUCACCUUCACCUUCACCUUCACCUUCACCUUCACCUUCACCUUCACCUUCACAUUCACCUUCACCUUCACCUUCACCUUCACCUUCACCUUCACCUUCACCUUCACCUUCACAUUCACAUUCACAUUCACCUUUACAUUCACCUUCACAUUCACCUUCACAUUCACAUUCACCUUCACCUUCACAUUCACCUUUACAUUCACCUUCACAUUCACCUUCACAUUCACAUUCACAUUCACAUUCACCUUUACAUUCACAUUCACCUUCACAUUCACAUUCACAUUCACCUUCACCUUUACAUUCACCUUAACAUUCACCUUCACCUUCACCUUCACCUUCACCUUCACCUUCACCUACACCUUCACCUUCACCUUCACCUUCACCUUCACCUUUACAUUCACCUUUACAUUCACCUUCACAUUCACCUUCACAUUCACAUUCACAUUCACAUUCACCUUUACAUUCACAUUCACCUUCACAUUCACAUUCACAUUCACAUUCACCUUCACCUUUACAUUCACCUUAACAUUCACCUUCACCUUCACCUUCACCUUCACCUUCACCUACACCUUCACCUUCACCUUCACCUUCACCUUCACCUUCACAUUCACCUUCACCUUCUCCUUCUCCUUUACCUUCACAUUCACCUUCACAUUCACAUUCACAUUCACAUUCACAUUCACCUUCACCUUCACCUUCACCUUCACCUUCACCUUCUCCUUCACCUUCACCUUCACCUUCACCUUCACCUUCACCUUCACCUUCACCUUCACCUUCACCUUCACCUUCACCUUCACCUUCACAUUCACCUUCACCUUCACCUUCACCUUCACCUUCACCUUCACCUUCACCUUCACCUUCACCUUCACCUUCACCUUCACCUUCACCUUCACCUUCACCUUCACCUUCACCUUCACCUUCACCUUCACCUUCACCUUCACCUUCACCUUCACCUUCACCUUCACCUUUACAUUCACCUUUACAUUCACCUUCACAUUCACCUUCACAUUCACAUUCACAUUCACAUUCACCUUUACAUUCACAUUCACCUUCACAUUCACAUUCACAUUCACCUUCACCUUUACAUUCACCUUAACAUUCACCUUCACCUUCACCUUCGCCUUCACCUUCACCUUCACCAUCGCCUUCACCUUCACCUUCACCUUCACCUACACCUUCACCUUCACCUUCACCUUCACCUUCACCUUCACCUACAUCUUCACCUUCACCUUCACAUUCAUCUUCACUUUCACCUUCACCUUCACAUUCACCUUUACAUUCACCUUCACAUUCACCUUCACCUUCACCUUCACCUUCACCUUCACAUUCAUCUUCACCUUCACCUUCACCUUCACCUUCACCUACACCUUCACCUUCACCUUCACCUUCACAUUCACCUUCACAUUCACCUUCACCUUCACCUUCACAAUCACCUUCACCUUCACAAUCACCUUCACAUUCACCUUCACCUUCACAUUCACCUUCACCUUCACCUUCACCUUCACCUUCACCUUCACAUUCACCACAUUCACAUUCACAUUCACAUUCACCUACACCUUCACCUUCUCCUUCUCCUUCUCCUUCUCCUUCAUCUUCAUCUUCACCUUGACCUUCACCUUCACAUUCACCUUUACAUUCACCAUCACAUUCACCUUCACCUUCACCUUCACCUUCACCUUCACCUUCACCUUCACCUUCACCUUCACCUUCACCUUCACCUUCACCUUCACCUUCACCUACACCUUCACCUUCACCUUCACCUUCACAUUCACAUUCACAUUCACAUUCACCUUUACCUUCACCUUCACCUUCACCUUCACCUUCACCUCACCUUCACCUUCACAUUCACCUUCAACUACACCUUCACCUUCACCUUCACCUUCACAUUCACAUUCACCUUCACCUUCACCUUCACCUUCACCUUCACCUUCACCUUCACCUACACCUUCACAUUCAUCUUCACCUUCACCUUCACCUUCACCUUCACCUUCGCCUUCACCUUCACCACCACCUUCACCUCCACCUCCACCUCCACCUCCACCUCCACCUCCACCUCCACAUCCACAUCCACCUCCACCUCCACCUCCACCUCCACCUCCACCUCCACCUCCACCUCCAACAACCUUCUCCGUGUGA